AAAACUUAUUUAUUUUGACUAAAAUUGUUAUGUCUGAAGUGUCUGAAACUAAUAAAAAUGAAGAUAAAACCAAUAAUAACGUAUCCGAUGAAAAUAAACUGGCGGAAGAAAAGCAAAAGAACAUUAACGAGAAUUUGAAACAACGUCUUCGAAAAUACAUAAAAAAAUUGGGUGAUACAGGAAAAAGUACAACCAAAGAGGAAAGUGAUAAAAUAGAAAUUGAAACAUUCAAACAACUUUAUAAACCGAAACUAGAAGGUAACGAGGCUUCAUAUAAAAAAAUACCGAAAUUUUAUUACAAACUUCCACGGAGUGAUGAUGUUUUAGCACAGAAAUUAAGAGAAGAAACAAGGGCCCAAUUCCUUCAGAAGAAAAGUAAAGAAUUAUUAGACAAUAGUGAAUUAAAACAUUUAUGGAGUCUCUUAGAGAAAUCAAAUGGAAGUUACAGUAUAGUGAAUAAUGAUGAGCUAACCAUUGAUUAUCUACAAUUCAAGAAAAUAAGAGAAGAGGCUGGACCAAAAUAUAGACCCUACUUCACUGCAGAAGUGUUUGGUCGCCUUCAAGCAGCAGAAGGCAGCUUCGGCAGAGUGCGAGGUGUAUCACUAUUCAAUUAUAUCAUGAGAAGGGUCUGGCUACAGCAAACCAGAAUUGGUCUUUCUCUUUAUGAUGUCACUGGGCAAGGGUACCUCACAGAACAUGAUCUCGAGAGCUACAUCGCAGAGCUUGUACCUUCUUUGGCAGCUUUGGACGGGCUGGAUUCCUCCUUCAGCUCGUUUUAUGUGUGCACUGCAGCUAGGAAGUUCCUAUUCUUCUUAGACCCAUUAAGGGUCGGCCGAGUGAGGAUCAGAGAUGUUCUUUCGUGUUCCUUCUUGGAUGAUUUACUUGAGUUACGGGAAGAAGACUUACCAAUGGAGAUGCAGGAACAGAACUGGUUCAGUGCUGCGUCCGCGCUGCGCGUGUACGGACAGUAUCUCAACUUAGAUCGAGAUCACAACGGCAUGUUGAGCAUCAACGAAUUAGCAGGGUACGGCUCAGGCACAUUAACUCGUGCGUUCCUCCAGCGAGUGUUCCAACAAUGUCUCACGUAUGACGGCGAGAUGGACUACAAGACCUAUUUAGACCUGGUGCUAGCUCUGGAGAACAGGAAGCAGCCGGCGGCACUCGCCUACCUGUUCAGGGUGCUGGAUAUCAACUCGCAGGGGUAUCUGGACGCGUUCACUCUUAAUUACUUCUUUAAGGCUAUUCAGGAGCAAAUGGUCGCGCACGGCGCCGAACCUGUCAAUUUCGACGACGUCAAAGACGAAAUCUUUGACAUGAUUCGACCACAGCAUCCGUCCAGGAUAACACUCCAAGAUCUGAUUAGAAGCGGUCACGGUCAUACUGCCGUGUCUAUACUUUUAGAGCUGCAUGGAUUCUGGGCGUAUGAGAACAGAGAAGCUUUAGCAGCGGCCGGUGAUCAUGCCUGACAGUUGGGUAAUGGUGACCGCGAGAGGGAUACGCGGGCACACUUUCCGGAUUUGAUGAAAUUGAGAUUGAAGAGUCUAGAUUGACUCGACUUGAUUGCCUUGAUUUAAUUGACUUGAUUA